GCGCCCCUUCUCCUGCCUCCUGACUCAAGUCAAUCAAGCACCAAUCUCAGGCCUAAUCGAUUAUGUGAUGUGGAUGCAAAGAUUAUUGAAGUGGCUCCCAAAAGCCCCUGAAAUGAGAAAUUGAAUUGAAGUGAUUCCAAGUUCCAAUACUAAUUCAAAUGUUCCUCACUAUACAAACCAGUCAAUCCUUAAUUAUGAUGGGAGGCAGAAAAAGGCCAGUUUCUUCACCGGCAUUCUCAAAUGAAGAGAAGAGGCUUCUUCUCAGUCCACCCUCCAUUGAAGAUAUAAGAAGAGAAGAGAAUGCAGUAGGAGGAGGUGUUGAUCCUCUUGACUACUUUCUUGUGCCUGCAAACUAUGAAAUACCCAUCUGUGCUGUUGACGAUGUUGGGAGAGGUCUCAAGGUCUAUAAGGUGCCAACAGCUGUUGUUCUUGGGGUCUUUUACUUGGCUAAGAAACAAUGGAAUGAUCCAAAGAUUCCAGCUGCUGCUGUGAGGUGGGCUAUGCUCCGUAUGGAGCAAUUCAUAGUUGGAUGGUUUGAUCAUCAACCCAUGACCAAGUACAAACCUCUCCCUAAUGGUUAUCUCACAGAUGUUGCUAAGGAUCUCAAGGAUAAUCCAAACUUGAUGAAGCAAGCACUCCAAUUAUGCUCCAUAGUGCCUUUUGCUCUUGAACAUUCAUUCCGUGUAUAUGGCCACGGAUACAUUAAAGCCCACAAAGAAGAGUUUCUUAAUAGAGUGUCGCGUUUUAGGGCAUCAGCUCUGAUCUUUGAUGUGCGGGAUGAUUAUAUGCCAGCUGAUGAUCUCUAUGGCAGGGCUUUUAAGUGGAUAGGCGUCAAGAGACCAUACCAGGUUCUGAGGGCUCAGCUCAACUCACCACAUCUCCCUAUACCUUUCAAGAUCAGGGCAAAUGCAGGGCCAUCAGAUGCAAAGAUUCGUGAGAAUCCUGCAAAGUACCAUCAACUAUUUGCUGCAUAUGGGGUGGACGGUCCAAAUCCUACAGAAGUGGCAGAGCUCAAUGUAGCUAAAGAGUUUGCCACACGAAUUGCUCCAGUGCUGCAAGCGUUUAUCGAUGUCAUGAUGCGAAAUAGUGACAUGUCUAAGGCCCGUGCUCUGUUGGGGGCUGCAAACGCUAACCCGGAUCUGUUCAAGAGAGCGAAGAACUACUUUAGAGGGAACCUGAGGAGACGCCCUACAAGAGUGCAAGACAUUUUUGUUAAUGAUGAUCUGAACCUAUUAUAACACAGGCGGAGAUUGUCAACCAGCUUGAAGCAACCUAGUCUCAACAUGAUUGGGUAGAGUAGCUUUUGUUAUGCUCUGACAUUGAGGUUACUUCUUUUUUACUCCCUAUGAUUGUAAGUUUUGCUAAACAUGUGUGUCUUUUGUUUGUCUUGGUAAUCAAGAGCAAUUUGCAACUUGAGUAGUGCAUGUACAAACAUUGAGUGUCUGUGUUUUUUUGUUUGUCUUUUUAACUUUUCUUUUUUCUAAGCUUGUUUUCUCAGUGGCUAAAAAAUAAAUAAAUGGAGGGCAUUUUA